UUUUUUGUACUGAAACCAAUAAAGUAUGUGUUAUGUGGAUAUAUCGUGUGUACUAUUACAAAAUAUCCACAUCGCUUUCGAUGAGGUAUCGCUCAGAAAUGAACUAGAAACGUGGGACCACGAAUUGGCCAAUCGGCGAACGCGGAAGCAAGACCACGCCCCCCCGGCGGCUCCUUUAAAGUCGCGAGGCGAGCCGACCGUAGUCAGCGCCACGAGCAGAGUAGAAGGCACACCUGUGGGCCAUCGGCAGCUACUUCUGCAGACAUCCUUUCUGAAAAUGGAAUUUGAUUAUCUAAAAUCCUCAGCCACACUCAUUUAUAAUGAGUUCCUACAAAAUGCAGACAGGCGGACAGCGAGCUGGUUCCUCAUGUCCUCUCCUCUGCCCCAAACCGUCAUCAUCGCAGCGUACAUUUACUUCGUCCACUCGCUGGGGCCUCGCCUCAUGGAGAACCGCAAAGCCUUGGACCUCAGGGGAGUCCUCAUUGUCUACAAUUUCGGCGUAGUGGCGCUCUCGCUCUACAUGUGCUACGAGUUUGUGGUGUCCGGAUGGGGAACCGGGUACACGUUCCACUGCGACCCAGUGGACUACUCUGAUUCUCCACAGGGCUUGAGGAUGGCAGCAACAUGCUGGCUUUACUACUUCUCGAAGUUCAUUGAGAUGUUGGAUACGAUAUUCUUUGUGCUGAGGAAGAGGAAUAGCCAGGUGACAUUUCUUCAUGUCUAUCAUCACUCGGUCAUGCCCUUCACCUGGUGGUUUGGUGUUCGUUUUUCUGCAGGCGGCAUGGGAACAUUUCACGCCCUGCUUAACUGUAUUGUCCAUGUUAUCAUGUACACGUACUACGGCCUGACUGCGUUGGGCCCCAAAUAUCAGAAGUACCUUUGGUGGAAGAAGCACCUGACUACUAUUCAGCUGAUCCAGUUUGUAAUCGUGACCAGCCACAUCUCCCAGUAUUUCUUCAUGAAGGACUGCAACUACCAGUUCCCCAUCUUUGUUUACAUCAUCGCCGCGUACGGCCUGAUUUUCUUGUUUCUCUUUCUUAACUUCUGGUACCACGCCUACACCAAGGGGAAGAGGCUGCCAAAGGUACUGCAGAAUCAGAAAUGGGAACACCACAGUAACGGGCUUAUGAAUGGAAACGCCAGUCAUGACAAAGAAGAGUGACAGUCGGGUCUCCGCUUGCCGGCGGUUGCCCACAUUCAUGUAAGCAAAAUGUAUCUGAGAUUCAACUUGUUGGUUUAGACUGCAUUUUCUGAUUUGUUUUCUACCUGCAAUUGCAAACGACAAUCCUUUCAUUGGACCAAAGCUACAUUCAAGCAGUUUAUCUUUGUUGUUUUGUUUACAAUGGAGGUAAAGUUCUGCUUUAGAGGUACCCAAAUAUCCUGCCUUCUACUACAGUAUGGUUUUAAAAUAUUUCAAACUCCACUAUUCACUGACUAUAUUGUGAGACUGUGGGAACAUCAGCUACACAUUAAAAGUGUCUAAUGCAAAGAUCAGUUGGCUUCUAUGACAAGCAAGAUUAUUAUUUUUCCUCUAGUAAAUACAGUCGGCUGUUUUAAAGUUAUGCACUGAAGUUUUUAUAUAUUAGUGUCCACGCUACACAUGUCCUGUUUGUUUUUCCCUAUAACAUGCACACCCACUUCUCUAUGGUUGAGUCACAACUGCUGCUGACGGUACAGAUUUUCAUUGAAAAGAGUUCUUUAUACAGCAGAAUUAACUUCUCCUAUGACGCGAUGAUGUGACAGAGAUUCCAGAGAGGGCCGACCGACCGUUGGGUUCUCGUAGGAUCCAAAACGGGGUUUUGCUAGUUUUACUAUGUCUUUAUUGCAAAAUAACACCUAGAGGGAUGCAAUAUGCACCAUUACACUGAUUUGCUAUCAAGCCACACUGACCAUUUCUUUGUAUUUUGCUUCUGUUGACACCUGUGGCUGGUGUAGAGAAGUGCCUUUUGGACCGAGUUCUAGUUUUGUGAGUUAAUAUCUUAAACUGAAAAGUGACUUUACGGCAAAGCAUUGACCUUGAUGUGAACAGUUUUUGUUUUUCUUGUACAAAUCCACAUUGACACUAAAUAUUUAAACAUUGUAUACAAAUGGGUGGGAGGUGAACCUUUUCAGAUCCUUUGUUAUACCAAUAGUUAAGAUACUGUAAUACAUGAUGUGAAUUGAUGUUUAUAUUAUAUUUUAUAUGUAUUUAUAUGAAAUUAAAUGAUCAAUGUUGCCUUUC